GGUGGGGGGAGGGGAGGAGCUCGUAGAUUUGCAGGCGCUGGAGCCGCAGCUGGCGCGGGAGCUGCCGUCGGAGCCUGAGCUGCAGCCGCUGCUGCAGCCGUAACCUCCAGGCGGAGAAACCGGCCGUUUCGUCACCCCGCUCCAGUUCCCCCGCCCCAGCCUUCGGGUUGGGGAGGGAAGCAGCAGGAAGGUGGGCGCAGUCCCGAGUCCUUAGUGUGAGGAGCCACCCUUGCCCGUGGCCAGGGCCCCCGGGGGUGAGCAGAGUCGCCGCGCGCCCCCGCUGACAGCGGCUGCGGGAGCUGGGAUCGGCGGGGGCCGUCGCGGCUGCAGCACCUGCGGAGCGCCGGGGGGCUGCGGGGGGGCCCGGCCCGGACGGGCGGGCGGGCGGAGGCUCUGGCUGGCUCCCGCUGGGCCGCCACUCCUUCGCUGCAGCCGUCGGUGGAAGAUGUCUCAGGAGAGGCCUAAGUUCUACCGGCAGGAGCUGAACAAGACCAUUUGGGAGGUGCCCGAGCGCUACCAGAACCUGUCCCCGGUGGGCUCAGGCGCCUAUGGAUCCGUGUGUGCUGCUUUUGACAAGAAAACAGGACUACGUGUAGCAGUGAAGAAGCUAUCCAGACCAUUUCAGUCCAUCAUCCAUGCAAAAAGGACUUACAGGGAAUUGCGAUUACUUAAGCAUAUGAAACAUGAAAAUGUGAUUGGCCUGUUAGAUGUUUUUACGCCAGCAAAGUCUCUGGAGGAAUUCAAUGAUGUGUAUCUGGUGACACAUCUCAUGGGGGCGGAUCUGAAUAAUAUUGUGAAAUGUCAAAAGCUCACCGAUGACCAUGUACAGUUCCUUAUCUACCAGAUUCUCCGGGGCCUAAAGUAUAUUCAUUCAGCUGACAUUAUACACAGAGACCUGAAACCUAGUAACUUAGCUGUGAAUGAAGACUGUGAGCUUAAGAUCCUAGAUUUUGGACUGGCCCGGCACACAGAUGAUGAAAUGACAGGCUAUGUGGCUACCAGGUGGUACAGGGCUCCUGAAAUCAUGCUGAACUGGAUGCAUUACAACCAAACAGUUGAUAUUUGGUCAGUGGGAUGCAUAAUGGCAGAGCUGUUGACUGGAAGGACACUGUUUCCUGGUACAGACCAUAUUAACCAGCUUCAGCAGAUCAUGCGCCUGACGGGGACACCCCCUGCCUAUCUCAUUAACAGGAUGCCCAGUCAUGAGGCAAGAAAUUAUAUUCAGUCUUUGACCCAGAUGCCGAAGAUGAACUUUGCAAAUGUGUUUAUUGGUGCCAAUCCAUUGGCUGUUGAUCUGCUGGAGAAGAUGCUUGUAUUGGACUCCGAUAAGAGAAUUACAGCAGCUCAAGCCCUUGCCCAUGGCUACUUUGCCCAGUACCAUGAUCCUGAUGAUGAACCAGUUGCAGACCCCUAUGACCAGUCCUUUGAAAGCAGGGAUCUCCUGAUAGAUGAAUGGAAAAGCCUGACCUAUGAUGAAGUUAUUAGCUUUGUGCCACCACCACUCGACCAAGAAGAGAUGGAGUCUUGAAAACCUGGUUUCUGUUCUGUCAAUUGCACGUCACUGUGAGGGAAAGGCCUUUUCAUGGGAACUCUCCAAAAUAUCAUUCAAGUGCCUCUUGUUGCAAAGAUUCUUCAUGGUGGAAGGGUGUGUGUGUGUGUGUGUGUGUGUGUGUGCGUGUGCGUGUGCGCGCGUGUUUGCCUGUGUACACAUGUGGUGAGCUGAAAGUCAGAGAAGAGGGAGGGAGCUAUUUAUACGGUGACUUUUCUGUAAACAUGCUCACUGAAGCUCUUUGAUAGCCUCUGCUUUAGUCCCUCUGGGAGAAAGUCAAUCCACGCAUCUCAUUUGCCAUGUUGUUGGGGUGUGGUAGAUGUGAAGCCAAAAAACCCACAAACAUCCCAGAUCCUGGGCUCACUUGUUACCGCCAUUAUCUGGGCUCUUCUAGGAAGCAGCUGGAAAGAUGGUGGUGAUGAUUUCUUGCUCGCCCAUAUUAUCCCUGUUCUGGCUCUGUAGGGACAAAGGGAUCGGGGUUGUUUGAUUGACAAGUGAGCCUUUUGGCUGCCUGAAAACCCGAAGCCUUUGUCAGCAGCGUGUACAGCUGGAAGGACCAACUCGUGUCUGUGCACUAACGUGUGGUAUAAUCGCCUGGUGUGGUCCUCACACUGUGACAGGUCUGUGUGAAAUUGUAAAUAUGUUUGUGCCUUAUAUAGAGAGAAGAACAUUUGGGGAGUUGAGGGAACCCAGUAGACUGGUUUCUGAGCCACUCACGUGGAGGGGGCUUCAGGGUGUAUGUGAACCCAUUUUAACAGAUGAGCCUUCAGAGGCAGCUUUGUGUAUGCAUGCGUGCGUGCCUGUAUGUGUCUGUGUGUGUGUGUGUGUGUGUGUGUGUGUGUGCACACAUGUGCGUGUCUCUCUCACUCUCCCUGUAUUCAGUGUUGCCGUUUCUCUCUGCUCCUCCUCACCUUUGGCUCAGGGGCCUCCCAGAUACUGGCCCCAGGAGCCAAAUGCAGGUUCUAGUCUGUGUGCAUCCUGUGUGCUCUUUAUUCCUAGCCAGGUGCGGGGUGUUGUGCAUGUCUUGCUUUGUGUGCAUGCAGAGCUGCUUGUCGAGUUCCUGGGACAGUGGGGAGAGGCCCUGGUGUGGAGCAGGUUGGGCAGUGAAGAGCUGAGCGGUCCCACUCAGAUCCCCUUUCACCUCAGCUGACGCGAGAGGAAAAGUUUCACCAGCUGCCCUCCUGAGUCUGCCAGCACUAUUCAACAUGAGUAUACUGGAUAGUAUUCUAGGUGCUUUAGAUGUGAAAACAGUGAGGAAAUAGGACUGACUGGUGUAUCUCUUUUUUCCUUGUCAUUAUGGUUUUCAAAGAGACUCUUUUGCUGGGCUCUGGUGGGCAAGGUCAGGACUUUUCCCAGGAUCAUCCCAGAUUUUGGAAAAUUGGAAUUUCUAUUCACACCCACCCACCAAUUCUUAGAAAUACUGAAGAUCAAAACCAAGAAUAAAAGUGCGUGAGGCCAGAAACCUAUUUUUCUGUCUCUUUCUAAAUACAGAGAAAUUUAUCGAGGUGUCUUUCUUUCUCUUGAGAAGGAUCUAUUGACAGCUUGGCAUUACUCUUCUCUUGCCUAGAGAAAUAGGGGAAAGGGCUCUGGGUUUGGGAGAAACAAAUUUUGUUUCAGUAUUUGUGUUGCAGGGAUCCUUUGGGAAUGUGAUUCCUGUUUUUAGUGGGGAGGAAGGGCAGAUUAUUUCAAUGUGUUGCAUAUUCGACCUUCUCCUUCUGAAAUCCCCUCAUUACUGGUAUGAUGAAGAGUUGUUUUCAUAGUUUUGGAGAUUUUAUGCAUCUUGUGUUACUUAUGAUGGGCCCACACAUUCAAGGCUUUUCUGAAGUGAAAAAGAGCAAAGCACAUGCAGAGAAUGAGAGUCAGGUGGGUUGGACCAGAUUGUUUGAGUUCAUCUGUCUCAGUAGGGUGGAAGGCAGCCCAGAGGCCGGCAAGAAAAUCAGUCACCUCUGAGUGACUAAGGGCUGGAGGGAGAGAGAAAGACACCUUGGCCAGGCUUCCCACACACCUCCUAGAGGAAGUUAACUAAAGAUGCCCUCCCUGCUCUCUUGGAUAUGCAGGUCAGCUCCUCACAGAGAAAUGUAAAUAUCUCCUCUGUUACCCACAGCAAGAUGAAUUUUAUUAGCCAUAUUUGGUGCAAAUGCUAGUGUAAUUUCCUACAGAAAUACUGCUCAGAUUUUUUUUUAAUUAAAGUUUCUGCAUGUGUGCCCACAUGUGCUGAGAGACUGCAUGUCCCAGAAGCCUGGACUUUAACUGGAUCUUUCUGGAGAGCUCCUUGGUUUCUGAGCAUCAUUGCUCCCAUCUCCCAAGUCCUCUGAAAAGAAUACCGUGGGGUGACAAAACAAGGGGGAGCCUACUCUUUUAUUUGUAUCCAUGAACUUUUGCUGUAAUCAGUUCCACCGUAUAGGAUGUCACACAAUACCACUGGUUAAAAUAAAGCCUAUUUUUCAAGUUUGA